AUGUCCGACGUCGUCGAUGAGAAGAAGCUCCGGGACGCCGAGAUGGAGGUGUCCGCUAUCCCGGUCGACAAGGAAGACUUUGCGUCUGCCAUCAGCGAUGGCGAUGAUGCGCUGAAGGUCGUAGGCACGCAGCGAACACACACGUUUGACAAAGAGUACAAUCGCAAGCUGAGGAGGAAGAUCGACUUACUCAUUCCGCCGCUCUGUGCUGCAGUGUACUUUACACAGUUCUUGGAUAAGAAUAUUUUGAACUAUGCUAGUAUCAUGGGUUUGCCCAUUAAAGGCAUCGACUUCAACAAUGUGGCAAUGGCAUUCUACCUCGGAUUUAUGGUCUGGCAGUUCCCGACGCAGUACAUCGCACAGAAAUUCCCGAUCGCGAAGUACUUAGGUGUCAAUGUCACGUUGUGGGGUGUCGUAGUCAUUCUGCACUCGACGGCCCCGAAGUUCAGUGGUUUCUAUGCGUGCCGUUUCAUCCUUGGCAUGCUGGAGUGUUGCGUCGCGCCAAUUCUCAUCCUGAUCAUCAGCAUGUGGUACAAGAAGAACGAACAGGCCUCGAGGAUAUCGUACUUCUACCUCAUGAAUGGACUUACCUCGAUCUUCGGCGGCUUCAUUGCCUACGGCCUCACGUUCUACGAGGGCGGCAUCCCGCAAUGGAAACUUAUUUAUAUCAUACUCGGUGCUCUCGCUAUAAUCGUGGGCAUCUGUGUACUCAUCUGGAUGCCGGACUCUCCCGUCACUGCGCGGUUCCUGACCGAGGAGGAGCGCAUUGCCGCGCUCGAGCGUGUGCGCGAUGACCAAGCGGGAACUCACAACAAGCACAUCAAGAAGUAUCAGAUUUAUGAGAGCUUGAAGGACGUCCGGACAUGGUUCAUCUUCCUGAUCGUCAUGUGCAUCGGCCUUCCGAAUGGCGCGAUGAGCAGCUUCGGGAACCUUGUCAUGAAGAGCUUUGGGUUCACGUCUCGCCAGGCAUUGCUACUGGGCACUCCGUCCGGAUUAAUCUCUGCUGUGACCGUCAUCCUAUUUGGAUACUGGUCGGACUUUAUAAAUGACAGGAUGACACUCAUCACGUUGUCGAUGGUCCCGAACCUCAUCGGUAUGGCGUUGAUGACCGCGUUCCAGAAGUCAGGCAACAAGGGUGUCUUAUUGUUCUCCAUUUACAUUCAGGGCUUUUCUGGACCCUGCUUUCCUCUGGUGUAUGCGUGGAACGCGAGCAACACGAGUGGACAUACGAAAAAGGUCACACUGAACGCAAUCACCCUCUUCACAUUUGGACUCGGCAAUGUCGUCGGCUCCUAUCUCUUCCUCCCGGCCGAUGCACCUAAUUACAUCCCAGGGAAGAUAGCCAUCGUGGUGCUCAUCGCAAUUACGAUGGUGGCGUGCAUCGUUCUCCGGUUCAUCAACCUGCACAUGAACAAAAACAAAAAGAGGGCGCUCGACGCAGCGAUUGCGGCAAACAAUUGGACUGAAGAGGAUGUGCAGCGCGAGCGGGAGAAGGCGGCUUUCCUCGACAUGACGGACAAGGAAAAUCCUUACUUCGUCUACACCAAGUAG